CGGGGCUUCGGAGCUCCCGAUUAUUUUUCUAGCUCUUAGUUCUACUGUUCUAAAUUGACGUUAGGAUGCCUGAGCCCACCAAGUCGGCUCCGGCCCCGAAGAAGGGCUCCAAGAAGGCGGUGACCAAGGCGCAGAAGAAGGACGGCAAGAAGCGCAAACGCAGCCGCAAGGAGAGCUACUCGGUGUACGUGUACAAGGUGCUGAAGCAGGUGCACCCCGACACGGGCAUCUCGUCCAAGGCCAUGGGCAUCAUGAACUCGUUCGUCAACGACAUCUUCGAGCGCAUCGCGGGCGAGGCGUCUCGCCUGGCGCACUACAACAAGCGCUCGACCAUCACAUCCAGGGAGAUCCAGACCGCCGUGCGCCUGCUGCUGCCCGGGGAGCUGGCCAAGCACGCCGUGUCCGAGGGCACCAAGGCCGUCACCAAGUACACCAGCUCCAAGUGAACGUGCCAUAUGAACGGCUUCAGCAGUCUCCUCCUUGACUUAUACUCCCAACUGCCUUCCAAACCCUGGCUGCAGGAAAGAAAACUGAGAAGUGGAGAUCCUGUUGGGGAAAGUUCUGAGUUCCUGACCUUCAUUUUGCUGGCAUGAGUGCGUGGCGCUACACGCGCGAAAGGCUCUCUUUGCUUUACUUGAACAGCAGCAUUUGAGUGACUUUUCCUUUCAUAACCAUGACACCUGCUACCAUGGAUAGGGAACAGGAAUUGUGGAAAAGUGAAGGACUAACGUUUUAGAAUUUUGUCUAAAAGUUCAACCAUGAAGGUUAAGCUGUGUUUCGUAAGUACAAAACAUUAUGUCUCACAACCAAGUUACGGCUACAUUUUAGGAAAGACAAAGGAGCAUAGGGGGAAGAAUAAAGGUGAGAGAAAUGGAGAGACUCAGAAAAAACAGAAGAAAAUGGCUACUAUGAAAGGAGAGACAGAGCCUGAAGACCCAAGAGAAGCCAGAGAAUGCUAGUCGGAGAAAGCUGAAAGGGAAAAGAGCGAGAUGAGGGGAUAGACCUUGUCAUGUUUGGGAUGCUUCAUCUGGGUGUACCACCUGUUACACACGAAAUACUCCCCACAUUUCUCGGGUGUUGGGGUGAGUGGAUGGAUUACAAUGCUACCACAUCUGGGAGACACUCUCUGACCAGCACAAGAUGGCGCCCUUCUAUCCCAUUCUUAACUUAUUCUGUUCAUUCUUCUUCAUUACACUUAGCAAAACUGACAUGAAUUUGAGUGUUAUUUCCUCCUCCCAUUCUCUAGACUGUAAGCUCCACUGGAUAGGGUUAGAUUUUAUGCUGCUGACUCCCUAAGGUCUAAGGCUGUUCCAGACACAUGGUUGGCUCUCAAUGAUGAUUUGCAGUAAUCAUAACUAAAGGACACAGGCAUCUGUAACAAAAGAGAGACGCCAGAGCUGAGUUGUUGCAAUGGCUCAGCAGAAUGAGUGACCCCGUUUCUAAGUCUCACUUUCCCCAUUUAUAGUAAAAAAAAAAAAAAAGAGUAUCAUAUUAUACCUUAGAAUUAUUUUAAGGAUUGAGGUAAGUCAUGCAAAGCUUUAAAUCAGGCGUGGAUAUUUUGUAAUCACUUAACAACUGUUAGUGACUAUUACAUUUUCCUUGUCAUUGAAUUAAAAUGAGAAUUAGAGUAGCCAAUUCUCUUCAGGUCAAAGACUCAAGGAAAAUCUGAGCCUUUGAACUACUUGAAUACCAAGUAGUUAAAUCCCCAACAAAGAUAGUUGGAGUUUUGGAACAAAGACCAUUUUAUUCAGGAAUAUCUCUUGACUAAACACGAUGUGACUCAUUAUCUGAUCAUGCAAACGAUGACUAAAGUGUAGGUAGCAUUUAAAGAGAGUUAUAUGAGCACACGUAAAAACAACUACGUGUCUUGUAUACCAAAUGUUAAUGCUGAUGGCAAAAACACCUAACAAACUCUUUAUUUCUUCAGUUAGGAGAGACUUAUGAAUGCAGAGAAAAAAAUGAAUGCAAACAGUAAAGGAAUCAGCUCAUAGAAGUUACGAAGUAUGAAAAGUGAUCUGCCUGAGAAUGAUUGGUUAAUGUUAAUAUUCUGCCCAGAUCCAAUCCUGGUUUGCUGUACAUUGCCUCAUCAGGAGAGCCUUAGCUAAGUGGAGGAGCCCAAACAGUGUUUGGCUUUUUCAUUUUAUUUUUUGUUUUUAUUGCAAAAAUAGAAUUUACUUCCUUACAGGCCCAGCGACUGGGAAUUCGUUAUUUACCACGAGUACCUUUGAUGGAGAAGUCUAAGUGAGGGCCACACGUCUGUAGAUGAGAUGUUAUGAGUAAUAAAAUCUGGAGACAUAGAAUUCUG